CAGCGCCCUCUAUUGAUCGGGGUUUGGUAGAAAUGAGAGGGAGUUGUUUCUCUCACCAAGCUCAAAUUCGAGCAUCCUUCUCACCUGGCUGCUGUUCGGGCAGUUUUUUUUUCUCACCGAACACAUACGGAUAAUCGAGCACACGGAUUAACGAGUUGCUGUCGUUUUUGAGCGUGUUUACGUUUUUGCGGCGUUGGGCAACAACAUUCUAUAUUUCGGCGUUAAUUUUACUGUGAUUCGAAAUUUACACAAACUUAAAGUGUACUGGCAAUCGAAAACGUGUAAGCAAUGUACUGCUGGACCUAGUGCAUCAAAGGAAAAACUGUUUAUUUCUGUGCCAAGGCUGAAAAUCAAAGCUUAACCAUGAGUUCGAUACAGGAGCGCCUUCAGAUGAAACGGGUUCCGUUGGACAAGUGGUCAACGAAGGAGAAACUAUGCCUGGCAUCAUCCGUUGCGUGCAGUGGCGAUCAAAACUGGAUGUCGGUGAGCCGGUCGUUGAAGAUGCUGUGCAGUGGAAACCGACCGAACGAUUGGUUUGCACAAAAGUCCUGUGCUGCCCAGUACGGCAAGUUGCUGGAGAAUGUGGAAACGCCGAAACGAAAGAAACGCACCGCAUCCGAGCGGGACGGUGUUGCUGCGGUGGAAACACCCGGCGAAUCAAUACUCCGGAAGCUAACGCAGGAGCGCAUCAUCGAGCUGAAGAAAACGAUCCAAGAGGAGACGCAGCAGUACAUCAAGGUGAAGGAAGACAUCAUACUCAUACAGAGCGGCGUUACCGAUGAGAAAAAGUUACGCGAAAUGUGGAAACAGAUCGAGCAGGAAAAGGCCCAAAAAGAGAAGGAACAGAUACAGCACGCGCAAUGGCUGAAGGAGCGGGAGGAGAAAAAGCUCGAGCUCGAGCGUCAGUGGCGUCCGCUGUAUCCGAGUUCACCCACUGCUACCAAAGCACCGACACCGCCGAUAAAAUUUAAGGACGAAACCGACGACGAUAGCCAGGGCUCGUGCAAGUCUGGAACGUCUCCUUUGUUGACAUCGUUGCUGAAAAAUCCUGGCGAUGCGAGAAGUUCCGGUGCGCCGGUGAACUCACCAUCGGCUGGAGCACGCCCAGUGGCUUCACCUACAAUAACGAAUCUUUUAACGGGAAGCACAGGAAGCGCUGCCAAAUCACCUUCGGCGACGGGCAUUGCUGGGCUGGGAGGUGGAAGCGAGCUGGACGCUCAGCUUGGAGUAACGAUUAAGCAGGAGGCACUCGCCGCUUCGACUAGCGCAACCGAUGGAAAGGAACCGCUUACGGUGAAAGUAGAAGCCGCGUCAGGAAGCGUUGCAACGAAACCUGACGAAUCGAAUGCGACCAAAUCCGAAGCGUUGUUCGCAGAGAUGGACAGUGAAGAUAAUGCCGAUCCGGCGAAGGAUCUGAUGGAUGUGCUGGAAGAUCUAAUUCCGGACGAUUUGGAUGAAAUAUUGAAAGAAAACAGUGGCAUGAUACUGGAGGAUGUCGAUCUGAAGAAUGUGGUCGAUUCGAUAAUGGAGGAAGAUACGCUGAAAGAUAAGGACAUCGAUCUGAUGGCAGAAGCGGAAGAUGUUCAGAUGGCGGAAGUAGUGGAGGAAACUGUUGCCGAAACGGCUUCAAAAAACGAGGCACCCUCGGUGGAACGUGCUAAAUCUCCACCCGUAAAUGUGUCACCGGCAAUAGCACCAGUUGCAGUUCCGUCAGCAGCAGCUGCAGUGGACGCCACCAUCAAGCCUUCGUCGUCCAGCAUUGAGAAAGGGGAAGACACGAGUGGGGCAGAUAAUUUAGCUGAUGAAAAAGUAACAGUCGUUCCACAGCAGACCGCUUCCAAAUCACAGCCUGUUGUGAAGGAACAAGAGUGUGUUCCCGGCGCAGUCGAAACAAAGGUGGAAAUAAUCCCGAUUGAAGAUAGCACCAGUAAUUCGCCGGCAACAAAUGAUCCCUCCAGUGAUGAUAAUAAAGACACAGCGGAAGAUUCAAGCGGACAGGAGCAGCCGGAAAGUGUGAUAGUGGUGUCGGAUUCGGCCAAGGAGGAGGAAGAGUUUGAAGAUCGAGAAGGUGAAGUGAGCCCGACUGAUGGCGGUCCGCUCGCGAUCGAAGAUGAAGAUUCGGACGACAAACCGCUUGCUUCGCUGGAGGUUGGGACAGACACUGGUAAAUCGGCCCUGAAGGAUGAGAUGGAAUCAGUUAACAAACCGUUGACUGUUGCGGUAGAGCCGGAGAAACGUUCCAAUGAAACGAUUGUUUCACCGAAAGUUGAGAAACUAGAGGUGACAAAAGGUGACCCCGGUCCCUCGGCAUCGAUUGAUGAGGCAAAGGCCAAGAAGGAAGCGAUGGAAAAGCUAGCUUCAGAGUACGAUUUUAAGGAUGAUGUGGAACCGAUCGUACAGCUAUCGACCAGGAAGGUUAAGGAGGAGAAACACGUAUCGGAGGAUGAAGUGUUUGUCGAUGCUCAGGAAACGGUGGAAGAACCGGAGGAGGUAAAGGAAAUUGAACCGCCAGUGAAGAAACCACCCGCAGACGAUACGGCACUCACCGUGACGGAUACCGACGAUGAUUCAUUGAUCGAGAUGAAGAUCGGUAAAGCGAAGCGUGACUAUUCCCGACGCCGGCUAGCGGAUGAAGCACAGAAGCUCCGAGACGAUCUGGCCGGACAUUCACGUAGCGAGGAAACGGAAGGCCGAUCGUUACGGAAAUUGCGCGAUCGCGACCGUUCGGAAAGUCCGUUCGUGGUGCAGGACGAUGAACCGAACGAGAAAAUGAAACGCAGCUAUUCGUCCACACCGGUAAUGGAUUCGAUACCGGGUUCGCCCGCAUCGAGCGAGGAUCGGGAUUAUCGCGCCUGGAAGAAGUCCAUACUUGCCGUGCACUCGAAGAUUGCCUCGUCGAAGAAUGCGACCGCAUUUCAGAAACCCUUCCCAGACGAUCAAACGAUGGCCGAGCUUAUCUAUCGGCCAAUGGAUUUGGGGCAAAUAAAGCGUAACAUCGAGAACGGAAACAUUCGUACGACGGCCGAAUUUCAGCGCGACGUUUUGCUCAUGUGCACCAACGCGAUCAUGCUGAAUCGCGGUGAGGUGUGUUCACCGCAGACGGCCAACCAGCUGAUGCGGGAAAGCGUCAGUAUUAUUGAAAGUGGGAUGGAUCCGAAGGCGGUCAAGGAACGGGACGGUGACCGGAGCACACAUAAGCGUAGCUCGCGUAAAAGCACGACACGAAAUUCGUCUGCCGGAAGAAGCUAAUCCGGCAGUUGGCAGGUGGAAUGGCAGGGAGUUGUACGACAUGACGUUUAACACAUUUCUAUGAAUAAAGCGCUAUACAUCGAGUAAA